UCCGGCUCAGGGCCCUCUGUCUCUGCAGUUGUCUUCCGGAAGAGAACAUCCAAGCAGGCAACUGUGUGAGGAAAAAACAAUGAAAGACCAGGAUUUAGAAAGCUGCAAAACUACAGGUCUUUCAGCACUAGCAGCUGCCACCUCACUGCCACCGCCAUCAGCAUCCAAUAACAUGAGCACUCCUGAUAUAUGUCAGUCUGCCCCAUUGGCCAGCCAAGAAGAAGGUGCAGCUGGUCAACCACCUACUAUUUGUGAUGUAUCUGAAGAGCUUAGUAGACAACUGGAGGAUAUACUAAACACAUAUUGCACUGAUGCAGAGCAAGAAGCAGUAGCUGAACCUGAUGAGACAGAUAGAGGUCCUCCAGAGUCUACCAGAAAUGGGGAGUCGGGGUUAGUAGUACCAGAAAUCAACGGUGUAAAAGAGGAGUUACGAGGUGCAGAAGAUAAUAAAAACAUCAAUGACACUGACCGGGAUCAGAAGCGUAUUCAAGACAAGAAGAAAGCAAAGGGGCUCGGAAAAGAGAUCACAUUAUUAAUGCAGACUCUGAACACACUCAGUACCCCAGAAGAAAAGCUGACUGCCUUGUGUAAGAAAUAUGCAGAGUUGUUGGAAGAGCAUAGGACAUCCCAAAAACAGAUGAGGAUUCUGCAGAAAAAGCAAACUCAACUUAUCCAGGAAAAGGAUCAGCUUCGUAAUGAGCACAGCAAGGCUAUUUUGGCUCGCAGUAAGCUGGAAAGCCUGUGUAGAGAGCUGCAGAGGCAUAAUCGCACCCUUAAGGAGGAAGGUGUACAGCGGGCGCGUGAGGAGGAAGAGAAACGCAAGGAGGUAACAUCCCACUUCCAAGUGACACUGAAUGACAUCCAGACACAGAUGGAGCAGCACAAUGAACGCAAUGCCAAACUGCGUCAAGAGAAUGUGGAACUGGCAGACAGACUGAAGAAACUGAUUGAACAAUAUGAGCUCAGAGAGGAGCGGAUUGAUAAAGUGUUCAAACACAAAGACCUGCAGCAGCAGUUGGUUGAUGCCAAGCUACAGCAAGCUCAGGAAAUGAUGAAGGAAGUUGAAGAGCGACAUCAGAGAGAAAAGGACUUUUUAUUGAAAGAAGCAGUGGAAUCUCAGCGUAUGUGUGAACUAAUGAAGCAACAGGAAACCCACCUUAAGCAACAGUUGGCACUAUACACAGAAAAAUUUGAGGAGUUUCAGAACACGCUAUCUAAGAGCAACGAAGUCUUUACAACCUUCAAACAAGAGAUGGAGAAGAUGACAAAGAAGAUCAAGAAAUUAGAGAAGGAAACAACUAUGUACCGAUCUAGAUGGGAGAGCAGUAACAAGGCUUUGCUAGUGAUGGCUGAAGAGAAAACUCUACGUGACAAGGAACAAGAAGCUUUGCAUGUCAAGAUCCAGAAAUUGGAAAAACUCUGUCGGGCUUUACAAACCGAGCGCAAUGACCUGAACAAAAAGGUCCAGGGUUUGAGUGGACCUCCUGCUCCUUUACCAGAAGCCCCACCAGGGGAGUGUGUUAUAUGUACACCCACACCUUCUGAAGAGAAUGUAGAACUGAGCAGCAGCGGGGUGUGUGGGCAUAAUAGUCUGCAGGCUCCAACACAAUCUUCUACUCUUGCCACUUCUGCUGCAGAAUGAUUCAGGCUGUGAUGAUUGCAUUCCUAUCUCCUUUUAUACAACCGCUUCCAUUUUAUACCCACCUCUACACCCUAAGAUAUGCACCCUAUGCUUGCAAGGUUAACAGUCUUGUUCCCACACAAGAGACAGCAGACAGUUCAGGCAGGGGUACACACAUGGAGGUGUAGUAACUAAUAAAAGUAAAAUGUGCCUGCAUCAUGUUACAGAUUGCUCUCCUAAAGUGUUAGGUAAGACAGAUAUGGCUUGGCUCUUUAUUAAAAGAAUAAUAUUUUUCCAAAGUAGCAGUGCUGCUUUUAAAAUUAAAGUCUGGUUUAUGUGAAAGCAUACAAUUUUAGCUUUCGAGAUUUGUUCUUUAAUACUGAUGCCUGCGUAAGAAUAGAAGGAUAUAGCACUUCCAAAACAGGGAAAAGGUACCUCCACGGUUUUGAAAAGCUAGUAGGCUACAUAGUUGUGUGACCAUACAUGUGCUUUCAAGAAAGCAAACCCAACUAAUUAAUUUAUUUUGCAUAUAUUGCCUUUUAAAAAAAUAAUUAGAACCCAUAAUUAUCUUACUAGCAAUAUAGCAUUUACCUACCUUUUUGGGUUAUUUGGAAGUUACUGUUUUUAAAAAUAGCCUUAGAUUUGUAAAGUGUUUACCUCUCCUUCUGAUGAUCCCAAGAAAAUAAGCAUUCGGUUGAUAUUUUAUGUGAAUUUGGGAUAUUUAUGCAUUUUUAAAGUGUAAUUUUAAUUGGCACUUUGGUGUAAAAAGUGAUUUACAAGACUGCACAAAUAAACCCUGGCUUCAGGUACCAGUUUAAAUUUGGUUAAGCCUGCAGUAAAGUCACAUAAAUUGUCAAAUCAAGCUUGCAGAAAGGUAAUUUAUUAUUGUAGUCCAGUUUAUAUGGUAUGCUGCGUCUGUACUUAUGGAGGAGGGGAAAAGGGAGAUAUCUAAUAAUGUGGAAUUGCCUAAUAUAAGUGCCACCAAAGAGAUUAGUCUUAAAUAAUUGCUGAUCCCUCCUCUCUGUCCUUCUUACUUUGAUUUACCUGUAAAUGUAAUCAUCUUUACACCAGUGUGCCAGUAUGCUAACCCUUUCAGGUACACUAUGAGAUCUGUUCUUCCCCUUUGCACACACUCUAAUGUAGCAGGAGUGGACAAGACCAAACUAAAACUACAGGGUGUAGGAGUAGAACCCAUUCCAUUUGUGUGCUCCUUUCCAUCACCUACAAUGCCUGGCUUAUUUCACAUUUGUAACCAAAUCGGUGCUUUUGUUCUUUGAGGCUUUAAACUGUGUGUUUAUCCUACCUCUCCUCAUUGGUGAGUAAUCACACUAUCUGAAUAUGAAGGGAUCCGCUAUUGUAUUUCAGUGGGAAUCAGUAAAGACUGUUUAAAAAAAUAAAAUAAAAAUAAUUAACAAUUGCAUAGUACACAAUGCAUUGCACAUUGCUCUUGUCUAUCUUGCCCCAUAAACACCAUGCAGAGCACUAUGCUGUAGGACUGAUCAGCAUGUAGGGAUUAGCCAAACAUUGUCAUACUCUUUCUAGUUGCUGACCGAUUAUAUUUGUUAUUUAGAGCUGAAUGUAAACUCCAGUUCUUCAUUCUUUUGUUCUGUAUAUUGGUAUACAAAUAGUGUACAAAUCAGUACAUCUAAUACCUGGUGCAUUUUGGCAGUAUCAUCUUCAGUACUGAUGUAUAUUGCAGUGUUAUUUCUGGGGGUCUAUUACAAAAUGCUGCUGUAAGUGCUCAUGCAGCACUUUGCUCUGUAUGGUGUGUGUACACUGCUCUGAAACAAAAUGCAUAUAUAGCCGCGUGUAUUUUUUUGUUUUUGUUUUUGUUUUAUCCUUGUUUCAAAGGAUUUUUACCCUGCAAUGAUUGUAUCUUAAACUCAUUUGGGUGAAUUUCAAAGCCCUUACCACUAUUUCAACAUUUAUGUUAUAUAAGCCAACAUUUCUUCAGUUAGUAAUAAAUAAAGCAGAAUUGGGUGUA